AUGCCGUCCCACGCCCGCACCGCCGAGGGAAGGUUCCAAGACCCGAGAGAGUGGGUGGCCUACGCGGGCACGACGUACCUCAGCGGGGCCGAGGCCAGCACGGUGCGGGCGCGCGUGGCCCGCAUCCUCCCGCACCCGCUCUACAACGCGGACACGGCCGACUUCGACGUGGCGGUGCUGCGGCUGGACAGGCCCCUGCGCUUCGGCAGGCACGUCCAGCCCGUGUGCCUCCCCGCAGCCACGCACGUCUUCCCGCCCCGGAGGAGGUGCCUGAUCUCCGGCUGGGGCUACCUCAGGGAGGACUUCUUGGUGAAGCCAGAGACGCUGCAGAAAGCCACCGUGGAGCUGCUGGACCAGGGCCUGUGUGCAAGUCUGUACGGCCACUCACUCACCGACAGGAUGGUGUGUGCCGGCUACCUGGAUGGGAAGGUGGACUCCUGCCAGGGUGACUCAGGAGGCCCCCUGGUCUGCGAGGAGCCCUCCGGCAGGUUCUUCCUGGCCGGCAUCGUGAGCUGGGGUAUUGGCUGUGCGGAAGCCCGGCGUCCCGGGGUCUAUGCCCGCGUGACCAGGCUGCGGGACUGGAUCCUGGAGGCCAUCACCAUGGUGAGCAAGCCUCUGGCCCCCACCGUGGCUCCCGCCUCCGCCAGCCACAGCACUGCCCGGCCCACCAGUCCCGAGAGCCCGGUGGUCCACACCCCCGCCAGACCCACGCGGGGCCCCAGCACAGCGCCUCCUGACUCAGGGACAGCCUCGAAGCCACAAGAGUGUGGGGCCAGGCCCGCCAUGGAGAAGCCCACGCGGAUCGUGGGCGGGCUGGGAGCCGCCUCUGGGGAGGUGCCCUGGCAGGUCAGCCUGAAGGAAGGUUCCCGGCACUUCUGCGGUGCGACCCUGGUGGGCGACCGCUGGCUGCUGUCGGCUGCCCACUGCUUCAACCACACGAAGGUGGAGCUGGUGCGGGCCCACCUGGGCUCCGUGUCCCUCGCGGGCGUUGGCGGAAACCCGGUGAAGGUGGCGCUCAGGAGGCUGGUGCUACACCCCCAGUAUGACCCCGAUGUCCUGGACUUCGACGUGGCCGUCCUGGAGCUGGCCAGGCCCCUGGGUUUCAGCAUGUUCAUCCAGCCCGUGUGCCUGCCCCUGGCCAUCCAGAAGUUCCCCGUGGGCCGCAAGUGCAUGAUCUCCGGAUGGGGUAACACGCAGGAGGGCAACGCCACCAAGCCUGACAUUCUACAGAGAGCGUCCGUGGGCAUCAUAGACCAGAAGGCCUGCAGCGCCCUCUACAACUUCUCCCUCACGGACCGGAUGCUGUGCGCCGGCUUCCUGGAGGGCAAGGUCGACUCCUGCCAGGGCGACUCUGGCGGACCCCUGGCCUGCGAGGAGGCCCCCGGGGUGUUUUACCUGGCGGGGAUCGUGAGCUGGGGGGUCGGCUGUGCUCAGGCCAGGAGGCCCGGCGUGUACACUCGCGUCACCAGGCUGAAGGGCUGGAUCCUGGACACCAUGUCCUCGGGCCCCCCGCCCAGCCCUCCCCCGCCCACCACGGGACCCCCGCCUGCCACCAGGCCUUCCUCCAGGACGGCGGCUGGCCCCACGGUCCCGGGGGUCCUGGCCAGCAGAGCCACCCUCCCGGCCACCAGCAGGGCGACCAGCCAACCUGCCAGCAGGACCGCCACCACCGUGAGCACAGCUGCGGGGGGACAGACGCCACCUCCAAGCUCCCCUGGCACCACCGUGGGCUUCCAGCCACCAGGCUGCGGCCUGGCACCCGUGGCAGCGAUGACCAGGAUCGUGGGCGGCAGCGCCGCGGGCCGCGGGGAGUGGCCGUGGCAGGUGAGCCUGUGGCUGCGGCGCCGGGAGCACCGCUGCGGGGCCGUCCUGGUGGCCGAGAGGUGGCUGCUGUCGGCGGCGCACUGCUUCGAUGUCUACGGGGACCCCAAGCAGUGGGCGGCCCUCCUGGGCACGCCGUUCCUGAGCGUCGCCGGGGGGCAGCUGCAGCGCGUGGCGCGCAUCUACAAGCACCCCUUCUACAACCUCUACACGCUCGACUACGACGUGGCGCUGCUCGAGCUGGCGGGCCCCGUGCGCCGCAGCCGCCUGGUGCGGCCCAUCUGCCUGCCCGAGCCCACGCCGCGGCCCCCCGGCGGCGUCGAGCGCGCCCCCGGCCCAUCCGGCUCCGUCUCGCACGUAGGCUCGAUGGCGCGGCAGCUGCAGAAGGCGACCGUGCGCCUCCUCAGCGAGCAGACGUGCCGCCGCUUCUACCCAGUGCAGAUCAGCAGCCGCAUGCUGUGCGCCGGCUUCCCGCAGGGCGGCGUGGACAGCUGCUCGGGUGACGCUGGGGGACCCCUGGCCUGCAGGGAGCCCUCUGGCCGGUGGGUGCUAACUGGUGUCACCAGCUGGGGUUACGGCUGCGGACGGCCCCACUUCCCGGGUGUCUAUACUCGGGUGGCUGCCGUGAGAGGCUGGAUCGGGCAGAACAUCCAGGAGUGACCGGCCCGUGGCUGCCCACGCCUGGGACAAGAGAGGUGAACGCAGCAAGAAGCGGCUGGCCCCUCUGCCCAAGGAGGGGAGUCUGGGGCGCGGGCGGGAGGUGAGGGGCUGCGGGUAACCGGGUGCAAUC